UCCACACCAUCUUCUGGAAACACACCACGGGCCCAAAGUGGCCCUGGAAAGGCACCCGUCGUUACCUGAAGCCCCUUUGCCGAGGCUAUUUUUCAUUCUGUUAUAAACUUUGAUCCCAUAUUUUGCCUGGAAACUGUGAGGGGUUGCGUCAACGCGUGCAUUUUUAGCGUCAAUCAGCUUGCGGUUAGACAGAUUCUCCCGCGAUGUGCCGAAGCAUCGCGCACAUCUCGGAGAGCUAUGGAUGAACUGAGAAAUGGCAAGGCCAAGUCCAAGGCCACACUCGGAGCAAACCGCAAUGUCACCGUCCCGACCCGCACAUAUGGUUUCCCCCCCGAAGCCUUCGACUGGACCCGCCUUCCCGACAUCGACACCGACUUCCUCCCCGCAGAACACAUCGAGGCCUUCGUCCAGGCUCUCUCCGCCCCCGAUCCGAUCCCACAGUCCCCCGAGGACGGCGGCGGCGCCUUCUCCUCCCGCCUUACCAGCACCCCGCAGCAGGAGACGGCCCAGGCCGCCGCGGCAGCUGCCGACGUGGCCGCGCCAGGACCUCCACUUUCACCGCAGCCACCAUCCAGGCGGCCGACGGGCGGGAGUCUACGUCGCAGUAGCGGCAGUAGCUCGCUGCUCUUCACGGCGAAAAACGACUGGGCGCCAGUGCAUGAACGGGUGCUGCGCGACCGGGACGACCAGCAACGGGGGAAUAAGAAAAAGCGGAAGAAGAGGAAGGGCGCCACUGGCAGAUUAUCCGGCCGCUCAAAGGAUGAGACCCGCGAGGGUUACUUGUACAGCCUGCUCAAAUGGCCCUUCUUGAUGAUUGUGUCGGCCUGGAUCGCCGGGCUAGCACUCGCCUACCUCGCCAUCCGCGCCUACAUCUCUUUGUACGAGCACAGCGUCAGCUGGCGGGGUAAGCGGGAGCGGCUGCGCCGGGCAAUGCGCGCCACGUCUAGGUAUGCGGACUGGGCUGCGGCUGCGAAGGCCAUGGAUGAUUACUUUGGGAAUGACCAGUGGAAGGGGGAGGAUGAAUUUGCUUACUAUGACAGUAAGACGGUGAGGAGGGUCCUGGAUGAGAUGGUGAGAUCAAGGAAGAGGGCAGAGAAAGCCGAAGGCGGAGGCCAAGGUGCUGAGGAGAAGGAAAAGGGCAAGGAAGCGAUUGAGGCUUUAAAGGCUCUUGUCGAGGCGUGCGUUAAGAAUAACUUUGUCGGGGUCGAAAAUCCAAGGCUGUAUAGUCAGACGUACUUCGGGACCAAAAACCUGGUGGAGAAUUUCAUUGAUGAAGUCGAGAGGAGCAUCAGGUUCCUGAUAAGCACGAAGCAGCUCACCAAGGAGGAGAAACGCGUCAUGUUCAAGGGUAUCUGUGCGAACUACGGCCGCACUGCGCUCUGUCUGUCAGGAGGGGCAACGUUCGCCUACUACCAUUUUGGCGUGGUAAAGGCGCUGCUGGAGGAGGAUCAGCUUCCAGACAUCAUUACGGGCACGAGCGGCGGCGCGCUGGUUGCCGCACUCGUCGCAACGCGCACAAACGAAGAGUUGAAGCAGCUGCUCGUACCGGCACUCGCCCACCGCAUCACAGCCUGCCGGGAACCAAUUACAGUGUGGUUCUGGCGGUGGUGGAAAACCGGUGCACGCUUCGACUCGGUAGACUGGGCCCGCCAAUGUUCUUGGUGGGCACGCGGGUCCAUGACCUUCCGCGAGGCUUAUGAGCUGACAGGGCGCAUCCUAAACGUCUCGUGCGUCCCGGCCGACCCGCACUCGCCCACCAUCCUGUGCAACUACCUCACCAGCCCGGAUUGUGUCAUCUGGUCGGCCGUGUUGGCCUCGGCCGCCGUGCCCGGCAUCCUCAACCCGGUUGUGCUCAUGAUGAAGACGCGGUCGGGCCAGCUCGUCCCUUACUCGUUUGGUCACAAGUGGAAGGAUGGGUCGCUGCGGACCGACAUCCCCAUCAAGGCGCUCAACCUGCACUUCAACGUCAACUUUACCAUCGUGAGCCAGGUCAAUCCGCACAUCAACCUGUUCUUCUUCUCCUCGCGGGGAAGUGUGGGACAGCCUGUCACGCACCGUCGAGGGCGCGGUUGGCGCGGGGGCUAUCUAGGCUCGGCGGUGGAGCAGUACAUCAAGCUCGACCUGACAAAGUGGCUGCGCGUGAUGAGACAGCUGGAGUUGCUGCCGCGGCCGCUAGGGCAGGACUGGUCCAUGCUCUGGCUUCAGACCUUUGGCGGGACGGUGACAAUUUGGCCCAAGAGCGUCCCGAGCGACUUUUGGCGAAUUCUGAGCGACCCCGACGAGGCGAGGCUGGCAAGGAUGAUCCACGAGGGCCAGCAGAGCGCGUUUCCUAAGAUACGGUUUAUCGCGAACCGGUUGAGGGUGGAAAGGGCUGUCGAGAGGGGCCGACGGGAGACCAGGUUGGCUGCUAGGCGCAGCGCUGCGGCCGUCAAUGCCCCUGUUGUUGGUGGGGGUGAUUGUGAUGGGGAUACUGGCAAGUACGAGAGGAGUGGAAGUAUUGAGAGUAUACUAAGCGAGGACGACUUGAGGAGCCUGCUUAAGAAAAGCCAGGGGAGUAUUACAGGCACGGACGACGACUCGACAGACUUUGAGGGCUACACGAGUGUCGAUGGGAUCAAUAUCGAUGGUGGCGAGACCGAGGAGGAGCCAAAGGUCGCUACGCCCAUGGGAUUGGCAGGUGCUGAGGAGGAGUAGAAGUGAAAGGGAUGUGCCUGUUAAGAUGGGCUGGAUAUUCAGUUGGAACCCGCUUGUGUUACGGGGGGAUGGCGGAGUUAUGAGGGGUAGUGUCAUUGGCGUGGGAUGCAUAUAGCGGGAAGGCAAUAGGGAUGAAUACAUGUAGAGAAGUGAUCGAUAUAGUAUGGUGUUAUUAGAGUGUCCGGCCGGGCUGCGAGUGGGCUGGGAGUACAUAGCACGGCUACCACUGUAGUAGCACGAUAUGGCAGCUAGCCCGACCGACUGGGUGACGCUGUAAAUUUACCAACGGAAGCAAGGCAAGCAAGCACGAGAACAAAUCUAGUCUUAGAUCACGCUUGACGCUCCG